AACCGGCAGCUACCGGGCGGGUGCGCGGGCGGGCAACCGGCCGGCCGGUCCGCACGCCUCCCUCCGCGGACGAUGGGGGACCCGCCGCCCGACCCCGAGCAGCCGCCGCCCGGCAGCUCCCAGGGCUCCGAGCCGCGGCGCAGCGGGGAGGCCCCCUUCGUCCAGUUCUCGCUGCCCCCGGAGGUGCCGCCGUCGGAGCUCGCAGCCCCGAGGGGCAGCCAGGAGGUGCCGGCGGGCCAGGGCCAGGGCUGGGCGCCGGGGGCCGGCCUGGGCCCCGACGAGGAGCUGCGGGGCAGCGCGGAGUACCCGCUCUCGGACGCCCAGCGCCAGGCCUACCUGGACGAGGACGGGCUGCAGGCCGAGCUCCUGGAGCAGCUGCAGCAGGGCCGGGGCAGCCUCCUCCAGCAGCUGGAGGCGGCCUUCCAGGACCCCCAGCCCGGCGCCGCGGGCCGGUUCGCGUACCAGACAGAGGACCAGCCGUUCGGCGAGGAGGCCCCGCACGGGCCCUACGCGAGCGAUGACCCUUCCCUCCAGUUCUCGCCCUCCGAGCUGGGCUUCCUGCCCUUUGACAUGGAGGUGUCGGAGCCGGAGCCCCGGGAGCUGGCCGUGCAGAACGCCAAGGCCUACCUGCUGCAGACCAGCAUCAGCUGCGACCUGAGCCUGUAUGAGCACCUGGUGAACAUGCUGACCAAAAUCCUGAACCAGCGCCCAGAGGACCCCUUGUCCAUCCUGGAGUCGCUGAACCGCACCACACAGUUGGAGUGGUUCCACCCCAAGCUGGACUCGCUGCGGGAUGACCCCGAGAUGCAGCCCACCUACGAGAUGGCCGAGAGGCAGAAGUCGCUGUUCGUCCGGGGCGGCGGCAGUGCUGAGGGCGAGCAGGAGAUGGAGGAGGAGGUGGUAGACACGGCCGUGCCCAACGUCAUGGAGUCAGCCUUCUACUUCGAACAGGGUGGCGUGGGCCUGAGUUCCGACGAGAGUUUCCGCCUCUUCCUGGCCCUGAAGCAGCUGGUAGAGCAGCAGCCCAUCCACACCUGUCGCUUCUGGGGCAAAAUCCUGGGGCUCAAGCGCAGCUACCUGGUGGCCGAGGUGGAGUUCCGGGAGGGCGAGGAGGAGGUGGAGGAGGAGGAGGUGGAGGAGCUGACCGAGAGCGGCGAGGUCAUGGACGCCCACGGCGAGGAGGAGGGCGAGGAGGACGAGGACAAGGUCGCCGACGUCAUCCCCAAGCCGCUCUGGAAGCCACCGCCUGUCAUCCCCAAGGAGGAGAGCCGCUCGGGCACCAACAAGUACCUGUACUUCGUGUGCAAUGAGCCGGGCCGGCCGUGGACCAAGCUGCCACACGUCACGCCCAGCCAGAUCGUGCAGGCCCGCAAGAUCAAGAAGUUCUUCACCGGCUACCUGGACGCGCCGGUCAUCAGCUACCCGCCCUUCCCGGGCAACGAGGCCAACUACCUGCGCGCCCAGAUCGCGCGCAUCUCGUCGGCCACGCACAUCAGCCCCCUGGGCUUCUACCAGUUCAACGAGGAGGAGGGUGACGAGGAGGAGGAGGGCGGCGCAGGGCGAGACUCCUUCGAGGAGAACCCGGACUUUGAGGGCAUCCCCGUAUUUGAGCUGGUGGACUCCAUGGCCAACUGGGUGCACCACAUGCAGCACAUCCUUCCGCAGGGCCGCUGCACUUGGGUGAACCCUUUGCAGAAGAAGGAGGAGGAGGAGGAGCUGGGGGAGGAGGAAGAGAAGGCCGAUGAGGGGAUGGAGGAGGCGGAGCAGGAGAUCGGGCCCCCUUUGCUGACGCCACUCUCAGAAGAUGCAGAGAUCAUGCACAUGCCACCCUGGACGGCCCGCCUGUCCUGCGCCCUCUGCCCGCAGUACUCCGUGGCGAUCGUGCGCUCCAACCUCUGGCCGGGGGCCUAUGCCUUCGCCGUCGGCAAGAAGUUUGAGAACAUGUACAUCGGCUGGGGCCACAAGUACAGUCCAGACAACUUCAACCCGAUGCUGCCACCGCCCAUCCAGCAAGAGUACCCCAGCGGCCUGGAGAUCAUGGAGAUGAGCGACCCCACGGUGGAGGAGGAGCAGGCCCUGAAGGCUGCCCAGGAGCAGGCCCUGGCGGCUGCGGAGGAAGAGGAAGAGGAUGAGGAAGAAGAUGAGGACGAGGACCCGGAGGACUGAGGCCCGACAGGCCCCUCCCCCAACCAGGUAGAGAGAUAGAUAGAUAGCGUGUUGUUCCUUAUACAUAGUUAUGAGCUAUUUUUUCACUGUUAGUUUGCUCUCUGCCCCUGGAAGGCAGCUGCUCUGAAUGAAAUGUUCUCAUGGCAUUAUGACCCGGUCAUUUAUUCAUUUGCUCACCAAUCUGUUGGCACGACCUCCUCGUCGGGGCUCUCGGGCUCUGCUGGGAACCCUGACACUGCUCUGCAUAGUCUCUCCCCUCUGUUUCACUUACUCACUCAUCUGGACAUGAAAUGCCUCUGUGAGGCUAGGCCUGUGUGCUCAGUUGGUGGGAGCGUUGUCCUGUGCUCCGAGGGUUCUAUUUCCAGUCAGGGCACAUACCUGGGUUGCAGGUUCGAUCCCCGGAGGGGGCAAAUACACAGGACGCAACCAGGGAGGCAACCGACAGAGGUUUCUCUCAUUUCCCCUCUCUCUAAAUUGGCAUGUCCUUGGGUGAGGAUUUAAAUAUUAAAAAUAAAAUAAAAAGCCUCCUGUCAGCUCAGUCCAGCCCAGGGGGCACAGAGAUGACCAAGCAGCCUCUGGUUUCUCACGGCUCUUACUCUACAGGGGAGAUGGGAGCGUCCCAGGCAAUGACAACGCAGAUGGUGCUGCCCGGAGGACUGACAGAGCCCCUCAGCUGGCUCUUAAAGGGUCAGGAGCAGCCCUGGCUGGGUAGCUCUGUUGCUUAGAGCAUCAACCCGAUAUGCUAAGUUUGCAGGUUUGAUCCCUGGUCAGGGCACAUACAAGAAUCAACCAAUGAAC